AUGCCUCCAUCACCACAACCUUUUCCUCGUUCAUCCACAGCCCCAUCGAGGCUUCUUCUCAGUUCUCAAAAAUUAGGAUUGAUCGGAAAUAAUGUAGAGGGUGGUUAUUUAGAUUCAGCUAAUAUUAUGAACAGUGGAAUGAUUUUACCGUUGAGAUUAGAUUUGGUUGCUUCGGGAAGAGCUCGGAGUAAUAGCAGAGCCAUUGCCCAUGAAACAAGUACCAUAAAUUAUGAAUUAUUUUCGUUAAAAAGAAUUAUUUCUUUAUCAACUGGUACUUAUCCGAUGAAUUCCAGUGAUUAUACGAUUGAUACUUCUCAAUGGGAAGAAAUUUCAAUGAGUCAAUCAUUUUGGAACAAAUAUAUCAUGAAAGAGAAAAAAACAAAUGAUAUUGAUUUUGAUAAACAAUCAUCAUCAGGUGAUAGUAUAGGAAACGGGCAAGGACUAGACAUGUCUGUUAUUUUGGCUAAUACACAAAGCGGAAUUGGUGAUGAGUCGUUUUUUAGUAAUGCUCUCAAAACCAAUUCAAUGAUGUCACCUCGAAGUGGAAGCUCGAAAAAAUCACAAGACAGCUCCAGUAAUUAUUCUUCUCCUUCUCUCAGUAAUACCAAUGUUGCUAAACCAGUAACUUUCAAGAGUGUCAUUUCAGGUGGUACUAACUCUCUGUAUAAUGUCAUUGCCAGCUUGUGCUCGAAUAAUGUCAUAGUGCUGAGAUUUUUUGGUACAGUGAAAUAUCUUGAUAGAGACGAUGAAAAAUAUAAAAUUGUGAAGGGUCAUGAUGAUGAUGAAAUAUCUGAGACAGAAAGUGUUGCUUCCAUAGGCUCUACAAGUAAUGACAUGCAAAAUAAUGCUCAUUUCCGAUAUGAAGAUGAGGAUUAUUCGAACAACAAAUUAUGCUCACCAAUUGUUAGGUGCUUGAGUUACUUCCAUGAAAAUGGCAUUGAGCUCGAAACCAUUGCUAUGGAUGAAAGCGCACGCUGGCUGAGUUGCAUGACAGCUGAUGCUGAUGUUUAUAUAGUACCAAUUUGUAGAUUGUUCUUCCCUUACAAUUCUGAUAACAGUUAUCCCUUCAAAAAGAACCUAGAUGGAGAUGAAGGAAAAGGUUCCAAUCAAUUUCCAUCUCUAUUUGAUUACACUCUUUUCAAGCUGGAAUCUCCUUUAGAAGCGUCUCAAGCAACAACGGUACUGGCAACAGAAGCCUUAAAUUUGAACUUGAUGAAAAAUAUUGAGCUGGUCAUUACAAAUUCGUCUAGCUCAAUCAAGAAGCAUCAGCUCAUUCAAAAAUAUCAACAGCAACACUUGUCAAGUUCUCAGUCCCUGCUGGAAUCCAUUGAAAGAACUGUAGUGACAACCAAUACAAAAACGAAGCGGCAGUACCAACCUGUAAAACAUGGAGAAGUAACAUGCAGUGCAUGGUGGGUCACGUUCUCAAAUCAUCAAUUGAAGAAGUACUAUUUAAUUUAUGGAACUGACAAGGGAUUUUUGGUGUUCCUUAAUUUACACACGUUGAAGGAGGAUGCUGUUGUUGGAGGCUUCAAAUAUGGCAUCAGGAGCAUCAAAAUUGUUUCUGAUGAAAAGUCUGUAAAGUUUGCAUUGGUGACAUGCGGCAAAGGAGCACAUUACAAACAAAUUUUGGAACAGUUGGAUCUCAGUUUACAAACAUUUAGAAAUGUUUGUGACUAUUAUCAAACACAAAACUCUGUUGUAAAUGUGAGUGGAAACAAUAAGGAUGUGAAACGAGAAAUGCACAACGAUUCAGAAGUUUUCAAGCUUCGAAGAUUAGAACAAUUUAACAACGAAGGCUCUCCCUGCUACAUGAACGUCAAGUGGUUUGAAGAAAAACAAUCACACUUAAUUUCAUGCCUAAACAAGGAGAAAAAUAUAUUUUCUCUUUUUGACGUUCAAACCAUUUCUCAAAUUGGAGAACAACUAUCAAGAAAUAAGCGAGAUGAAGCAUAUCCUCUUUUCCAAUACCACCUUGGUGAGUCCACCAGUAUUGUCCAUCCAACCAAUCGACUGCUAUUUUCUCUGCAAAGAGGUGAAGGAGUUGCCUCCAAAAGAGGACUACUAGGAUCUCCUUCAGCAGACGAUACGGAAUAUCAAGAGAGGCUAUUUGUUAUGGGUAGAUCUCUACUUCUCAUGAAUAAUGGACGUAAACAUGGUGGAGUUCUUCAAGAAUUUUUAUUGCCAACCAAUGAAAUGGUUAAAGGAAUGAUGAGUGGAUUUUUGUAUCGAGACGACUGUACCCAUCAAGAAAAAUUUAAAUCUGAGCAUAACUAUGAAAUGGAAGGAGUAUUCUUUUGGACACAGACCGGAAUUUAUGAGAUUCGACAGAAAUACUCCCCUCUCAGAAUUUUUGAAUAUAUUAUUUCCAACAAACAAAAUAUCAUCAAGGACGGUAAUUUGGUAGAUCAAUUUGGACAAACCUUUGAGUUGGAUCUCUUUGCACUUUACGAACAGUAUGCCGAUGAGCGAUUUGAACAGGAAGAUUAUGAUUUUGCAUUUACCCUAUACAAACUCUCUAACGUCAGUGAAGUGAAAUAUGUGAAUAGAUUGCUACAAGCAGAGAGGUCUGAAGAGGCGUUUAAAUAUUUAUUAUCUGUUUUGGAAAAUUCUAGCAGUAUUUCGUUAAUGAAACGGAAGCAACUCUCCAAUCUAUUGUUUGAAUGCUUUAUGCAAAAAUUAAUUUCAACCUCAGAGAUUAACACGGAAAUUUUAAAGCAAUUUAGACAAUUUUUAUUGACCAAUACUGAUAUUAAUCCACAAGCUGUGAUUUCUCAACUCGUUCAAUAUUGCUGCUGCAAUGAUAUCAAAUUCAGUAACCCGCAAGAUUCCUCAUUGAUUAACAUGGAACUAAUAUUGGAAAUUGCCCACAAACAUAACUUGAUGAAAUUUACACUUCAGUUUUUAGUUUCGCGAGGUUAUAUUUCUGUACUCUCAGAAAAUGGAGGUAUCAAAUAUCUUUAUGACAAUGAAUAUGGCUAUUUAACUCAAAGCAUUGGUUGUGGCGUGUUGCUACAACACUGUACAGCAAAUACUAAAGCCAAAUUUUUAUUGGAAUAUUUAGAGCAAAUGCGUAUGAUAAGACUUAAAACCUUCAUGAACGAGACCAUUCAAAGAGAGCCAUCGGAUGAUUUCUUUAGCAUGGACUUUAAAUCACGAAAACAACAAGUUAAGCAAGAUGUCACAUCUCAGCAGGCUAACUCCUCACCCAUCAAACAACAAUUAUUCUUUGAAGACUCUCUUGAAGCCAUUCAGUACAACUCCAAACUUUUCGACAUGCUUAUCAACCUUCUUCCUCAUAUCGACGACAUUUCCAUUCUCACCACAAUUUGUAACAGAUUUAAUCCAGAAGAAAAUGCGAAUAUCUCAAAAGAAACAAGGCAAAGCGCGUCUAGCUUAGUAAGAGAGCCAACAUAUGCGAGGUAUUUCCACUAUCCAUAUAUUCAUCUAGAGCAACAUUUGGAGAUUUUUAUAGUAGCUAUGUUGUGUCUAGUAAGAUUGAAACGAAAAUUGACCGAUACUUUUGUGGAUAAUCAUACGUCUUCUACUACUGGGUAUUUGGUAACAAACUUGACCUCAAAUAGUCUCUACAGUCACACUCAAGAAAAGUUAGAGCAGUGUGUGAAAUGUUAUAACAUGUACAGGAAACAAUUCAUCGUCUCAUGUUGCUUAAAAUUCAACAAUAAGUCAGUCUUGGCUUUAAUUUAUGAAAAGGAUGAAAUGUGGAUUGAUGCUCUGUGUUGCAAGCUUGUGCAAAUCAAAGAAAACUAUUCAGAAUAUAUGAAACAUACCAAAGACAAUGAUAAUGCGACAUCAAUCAUUGACAACACUUUGAAAUACUACUUUACAAUAUUUGACAGAUAUCUUACCAACAAAACCAAUGAUCUUGACGAAGAAUCCAAACUCAAAAUACUUGAAAAAUUAUUCACAUUCUAUUAUAACAUGCAGUUUCCAACAUCCAAACUUGAAGAACACUGUAUCAAGAAUAUACAUGUAAUAGGAGACAUACUAUCCAUAUUAUUACUGUUACAAAAUACCUCAAGCGUGAAUUCUCAAGCGCUCAAAAAGAAUCUUAAAUUUUCACACAACUUUUAUCUCAAAAUUACACAAAGUUAUGUGAGAAACGUAAAGAGAAACGAACGAGAUGAAGAAAGAUCUAUCAGAAAUCUCACACAACAAAUUCUUAGAAAUAUGGAGAAAGACAUUUACAAGAGAAAUCAUAUUACAGUUUCAAACUCAGACAUUGCAAAACUUUCACAGCAAAGUCAAGACGAUAGAAUUGUUGUUUUUACUUGUGGAGAUCAUUAUACACGGUCCAAUUUCACUUCUAAUAUUCUUAUUGAUUUCAAAAACCGUGUGAACCAACUUGUUUUAGCCAUGCCCUCUGAGACUAACAAAAGCAUAGUGAACACUGCAACAGAAAUAAUUUUGAAAGAUUAUCAAAAUAUGAUAGAAGAAAGGAGUCUUCACACAAAUCAAGCAUGUCCUGUUUGUGUCUAUAACUUUUUCUUAAAGAACGAGAAGGCUAAAAUACUCAAGUUGAAACCACAAACAACACGCAUGUUACAUCAACAACCUAUAGUCAACAACACUCCACCCUUGAGCGAUCAAGCAUUGCAAUAUUUGAAUUACAUCGAAAAGCUCCCAUCUUGGUCAUUACUAAAAUGA